GUGCACGAAUCUCGCCUCCGCAGUGCACUACUGGACAGCGUUCAGUACAGGACAGCUCUGUCUGCACGGGAGCGCGCCGCAGCACAGAGUACUACAGGACAGUUUAGCCUACAGUCUUAGGGACGCGCCGGCACAUCCCACCAAGUCCCCCUUCGCAGCAUCUUUUGACGCGAGUAAAACAUGCCCUAUUGCGCGGCAACAUCACUGGAGUUAUAAUGAUGUGUUCACCUUCUGCCCUGCUCCUUGUAUAGGCUUUGCAAUUGAACUGAGAUAAGAAGAAAGACGCAGAUAAGGACUGUCGCAUCAUGGGCACCUUGUCGCUGGUGUUGCUGAGUGGAGUGGUGAUGUUGGCCCUGGGCUCUAAGCUGCAGAGGGCCAUCGAGGAGGAGGAGUGUGAGUCGGGCCAGUACACGAGAUCAGGGGAGUGCUGCAUCCAGUGCCCACCUGGCGAUGGGGUCAUCAAGCCCUGUGGAACCAGCCAGACCGUCUGUGGACAGUGCCUGGACAGUGAGAGCUACUCGGAGUCAUACAGCCACACGGAGGGCUGCCUGAAAUGCACAGAAUGCACGGGUCUCAUGCGCAUGCAGAAGCCAUGCACGGACUCCAACGACGCCGUGUGUGUGUGCGACUACAGCUUCUUCAUGGGCCAGGUGUCGGGCCGCUGCGAGCCGUGCACGGUGUGCCCGCGCGGCGAGGGCGUGCUCUCCAGCUGCGAGUACGACCACGACACGGUGUGUGAGCAGUGCAACGAAGACUCGUACUCAGAGCACGACAGCUCGCUGGACCCCUGCCUGCCCUGCACCAUCUGCGAGGACUUCGAGGUGGAGCUGCGCACCUGCACGCCAGAGCGCGACAGCAUUUGCCGCGACCCCAGCAUCCCCACCUCCACCCCGUCCCCGUCUCCUUUCUCCUCCUCGGACCCCGUCUUCACGCUGCCCGACGACUCCCUGAGCACCAACCCAGGGGGGGAGCCCACCACGGCGUACCCCAGCUCGCCUCGCUUCAUCGGGCACGGCUUCAACGAGAACCUCAUCCCCAUCUACUGCUCCAUCCUGGCCGCCGUGGUGGUGGGCCUGCUGGCCUACAUCAUCUUCAAGAGGUGGAACAGCUGCAAGCAGAACAAGCAGGCGGCCAACAACCGAGCCGCCACGGCCAACCAGACGCCGUCGCCGGAAGGCGAGAAGCUGCACAGCGAUAGCGGCAUCUCCGUGGACAGCCAGAGCCUUCAGGAGCAGGCAGCGCAGGCGCAGGCGGCCCAGCAGGCACAGGUCCAAGCGCAGACGCAGACACCAGGGCAGGGCCCCACACUGCUGCAGUCCCAGACGCAGAUGCAGACUCACACGCCCGAGCAGAUAGUGGUAAGAAUGGAUGGGGCAGGCCAGCCGGACUCCCCCCCUCCACAGGCCUGAGGAUGAUGAGGAGGAGAGGGAGGAAGACGAGACAGCAGCAGAGAGAGAUGGUGGACAAGGGAGACGGAAAGAUGGUGUGGUUGCUAAGGAAACUGAGGACCAGAGGGUUGUUUUCACUGCCCUUGUGAGACAAGUUGUCCCAUUGACGAACUCUAGCGUCUGACUGGAGAAGAGCAGGUUCACACCAGCAUCCCUAGUAUGGACCAUUUGGAUGCUUGAAUGCUUCCUCCCGAGGCAAUGGCAGAAUGCUUCACCAAGAUCUGCUCACCAAACAUGACCCCUCCAACACAAACACACACACACAUACACACACACACACACACACACACACACACACACACACACACACACACACACACAUGCACACACUCACACAUGCAUAUGAAGUUUCUUCUAAACAGACUACCACAGUAACCACAAAAAGUCCCUCCAAAUAACUUGGGAAGGACCCCACCACCCAAAGCCCAGUCACGGAGAUGAGCUCUCUCCCACCUGACACACACACACACAACCCAUCCAUACUCUACCACAACAAGUACAUCCCAAGGGGCUUCCAGCAUGUGAACGUAAUCAGUCCUACAGAACAGAAGAGAUAGCUAGCAGACCUUAUGGACCCACAGCUCUCCCACCUCACCCAUUACACAUCCACACAUUAUAUCUCCCAAUGCACCAUCACUGCCUGCUCUGACCUUCCGCUGACAGACAUGUGGAGCCCCCAUGAGGAUGGGAGAGGACUGCAGGGGCUGAGGCACAGACGGGGAGAUGAAGCGGCUGCUAGCGAGGCAGCCUCUCUCUCUCUCUCUUACCUGUGUACUUUUGUUAUUCUUCUCCUUUGUCUUCUUUCAUUGUGAUGUCUUUUAUUUUUUGUUUUUUUUUCUUGCCCAUGGCCUUCCUGAUCCGUUCAUUCUGUCAUGCUGCCCGCAUUCAUGCUGGCAAACUUGAUCAUCACACCACACACACACACACACACGGACACACACACGUGCGUCACACAUAUACUCAGACACAGACACACUCACGCAAUGGAUGUGUCAUAUUCCUGCUAGUGCUCACGCUAUCAGGGCUCAUGUUUCUGUUCACAUUGGCUCUGCCCUUGCCGUGGGUCUGCAGUGCGCCUUUGGGCAUGCUCCUGUUUUUCUUUCCCCUCUCUUUUUCUAUCUGUCUCUCUGUCUCAGUUUCAUCCUCUCUUCUUCCAACUCUCUCCCUCUCUCUUGCUCUCUCUCUCUCUCUCACCUUCUCCCAUUCUGUUAUGCACUUCUACCUAAAUACAUCCUGGCUCUCUGUCAAACUGCAGCAAAAGGAGCAUUAACUGUCCCACUGACUGCCUCAAAUGCCAUACAAAAGGGGAUAUAUCACAGCCUCAGGAUCAGUUUCAUAAACUCAGCUCUGUGAGUGCCGCAUGUAACCUGGCUGAGGGAAGCUUAUCCCAGGUCAGCCAAGUGACACACGCCAGUAGCUGAGCCUCCACUACUCUUCUAUCACUCUGCUGUAGGUCUAGUCAGGUUUUUUUCCUCCAUCAAAAUGGCGUUGCACUUCAGUCUCAAGCAGAUGGAGUUUUGGACUCCAGAUGAUGUUCAGAUGAUGUCUUCUGGACAUUAGAUUCAGAUUCAGGAGUUUUGGACUCCAGAUGAUGUUCAGAUGAUGUCUGCUGGACAUUAGAUUCAGAUUCAGGAUUUUUGAACUCCAGAUGAUGUUCAGAUGAUGUCUGCUGGACAUUAGAUUCAGAUUCAGGAGUUUUGGACUCCAGAUGAUGUUCAGAUGAUGUCUGCUGGACAUUAGACUGUGGGUUUCACUCCCGACUCGCUUCCUUUCUCCCUUCUUUCUUUCUCUUUCAUCCCACGUUUUGGGUCGUUUGGACGCUCCAAACUGCAGCAGAUACUUAAGAGUCUUAUCUGGCACCUCGACAUCUCUGGUGUAAUUGUAGAACAGGAAAGGCAGCAUCCUGCAUCCCAGCCUGAGGGAGGGGCGUGGAGGAUUGGCUUGGCUUGGGAUCGAAAUACAACCCCCUCUGGUUGGUUUAGUGUUGCUUUUAGCUGAGCCCACGGACAUAAAUGUCUUCUGCGUUUUCUGUUUCUAGUUCUCUCUUUUCUCGAUGGGCUUUGGUGCGGUGUGGCUUUCACCGCCAGCUCAGCAGGGUCACUCUGCGGCUCAGAUCGGUUUAGGAGGGAGGGAGGGAGGUGGGGGAUCACGGUAACCAUCAGAAAGAGCUGUGUCAUCAACCUGACAUGAUGGACUUUGCACUUAUCAUGACCGUAUGAGGUGAAGAAUGGAGAGGAAAGGGAAGCUUGCACACCCACCCACACACACACACACACACACACACACACACACACACACACACACACACACACACACACACACACACACACACACAGACACCCCAACAUGAGACACUCACUUGGGUUGUGCAGAUAGAGUCACAUAAACACGUCCUAACACAUGAAAAAGGACAAAACUGGCUUCACCUUUGUUCUCUCUCUCUGGUUCUCCUCCACCAGCCAACGCAGUAAUGAGUGGAAACAUGGGACUGACUACAGAGACAUUCCUCUGCUGACUGUAACAGAAACUGGCACCCUCACACACACUCACACACACACACACACACACACACACACACACACAUACAGAAACACGUAUACAAAUGCGCUAUUUCACAAACACAUAGACGUACUCACGCACACAUACUCUUGCACAGACACACACACAUGCUAUAUUGUGUAGAGGAAAGAGAAAAACUAAUUGAAAUAUUUCCAGUUAUGGCCCAGACACUCACACACACACACACACACACACACACACACACACACACACACACACACACACACACAAACAACACAGGGCGUCUGAUGGAUUCCCUACCGGCUGAGGCUAAUGGGUCUGGGUGUUUGGCGGUUAAAAACAUGAGAGGCAUUAGUGAGAUGCUCCUGUCAGGCAGGUAGUAAUUACUGCUGCCUCUCAGCCUCACUUACCGGGGACUGAAGCUGGAGCUGAAGCUGUAGUGAGCUCCCAAGGGACCCAGCUCCCCCACACUCUUUAACAGCUUCACAGCUCUGGAGCUCUGGGCUACAGCAUCCUCACACUCCUCUGGGUUGGUUAGCAUGCUACGCUAACGGUAGCGUGUGCUGCUCUAGUACUAGUAGGGGCUUCAGUUACUCUGGUUGAUGUAUAAGAAUCCGAAAGCGCACAGUGCGUUAGUUAGAGCACAGCCGUGGGUGGUAUGGUGCCACAGUUGGGUGUGAACCUCUGCGGGAUUCUGGGGGAUGUAGUCCACUUGAGCGUGGUGAGUCUCGGUCUACUGCACACCCUGAGCCAGAGGAGGCUGACAAUGAGGGGUGGUUUCGCUGACAUGGCACUUAAGGAGCAGCACCCCCCUCCCCUCUCACGACCACAACCACCAUCUGUGCUACUGAGGCUGGCUCACGCACGCAUGCAUGCCACCCACACAUUACUCUGUGUAUUCACACACACACAUACACACACACACACAC